AUGAAUCCACAACAAUACCCUGUAUUACCGUCACCAACAAAUCAAGUUGGUUAUAAUUCAUUACAAGAAACAAAUGAAGAACGUAUGAGCAAAUUUCAAUAUCUAGUUGAUCGUUAUGAAAUUAAUCGAGAAUUUGCAACAAGAUUACGAGGAUUAGAAGGAUAUGAAAUUGUAUUUAUUGUUGAUGAUUCUGGAUCAAUGAAUACACCACUUGGUGAUAUCACUGGUCCAUAUGAUCGUAAUCCAACAAGAUGGGAUGAACUUCGACAAACAGUUUCGAUUGUAGUUGAUAUUGCUUCUGUUUUUGAUCCAACUGGUGUUGACAUUUUCUUUUUAAAUCGUCAACCAAUGCGUAAUGUUAAAAAUGCUGAACAACUUAUUCCUGUAUUUGCUAUUCCACCAUCUGGACCAACACCAAUUGUUCGUAUACUUCGACAAAUUUUACAAGAAAAACAACUUGAAGUUCAAGAACGUAAAUUAUUAAUAUUGAUUGCUACAGAUGGUGUACCAACAGAUGAUAAUGGACAACACGAUACAAAAACAUUAGAACAUGCACUUCGUCAUGAACGUAAACCAAUCAAUCGCAUUCCAGUUACAAUAAUUGCUUGUACAGAUGAUAAUGAAUGUAUUGGUUAUCUUAAUAAUUGGGAUAAGAAAAUACCUAAUAUUGAUGUUGCUGAUGAUUAUAGAUCUGAACGAGAAGAAAUUCAUAAAGCACAAGGAAAAGAUUUUCCAUUUAGUUUUGGUGAUUAUGUUGUCAAAGUACUAAUGGGUGCUGUUGAUAAUUGGUUUGAUACACUUGAUGAACGUCGUGUAUCCGGUAAUCGUCCACCAGAUCGACAUGCUCGUAAAGGAAAAAAUAAAAAUACAUGUUGUACUUCUUAA